CGACGGAACGGCCGACUUCGACGCGCACUGCCCAUUCGAAUUCGAAGCUCGAAACCCUUCUGCAGUCGCUGGCGAUGGAAUCAAGUGGCGGAGAGGAAGUAGGGCUGGGGUCCCGGUGGUGGAUCGCAUCACGGCGAAGGCUUAUGCCCGAUGACCCCUUCUUCUCCGCCGGGAAUAUCGAACGCGAGCUCCUCGCCAAACAAGUAGCAUUGGAUCUAACUGAAGAUGAAAGAUAUCAGCUCCAGAAAAUGGAAGUUGCAAACACUGAAUCUGUUUUUUGCCCUAUUGUUGGUUGUGCUGCUCGAUUAGAUUGUUUGGAGGACUUUGAAGAUCACUACCAUGCUCGUCACACUGCUUCAUGUUCGGUGUGUUCGAGAGUUUUCCCAACAUCACGUUUACUUAGUAUACAUAUCUCUGAAGCCCAUGAUUCAUUCUUUCAGGCCAAAGUUGCACGUGGUUUUCUGAUGUAUGAAUGUUUGGUCGAAGGCUGUGGAGUCAAGUUGAAGAGUUAUAAGAGUCGACAGCAGCACCUUGUUGACAAACACAAGUUUCCUACUACAUUUGAAUUCUACAAAAGGGCACAUCCUUCCAAGCACCAACGCCAAAAACAUCUACGAAGGCAAGCUAGCUAUCCAAAGGAGGCAUCGAACAAUACUGAUAUGGAUGUUGAUAGGAAAAGUUCGAAGCAAAUUUACCAGAAGUAUAGACCAAAAAAGGCUAGUCUCAAGGAGGGGAAGGAAACAGAAAUGGAAGUUGAGAGGAUGGAUGAUCUUGUUUCUGCUGUAUCAAAGCUGAGCACAUCGGAUUCUUCUCCUUCGAGCAUAAGCUUUGGUCAUCGUAAUGCUCGUGGCUUUGCUUUUGUCCCUCGGUCGAUACAUCAUAACAGGAAGCAAACCUCUCAAUCAGAAGCUAAGGGAUAAUGCUAUCAUAACCUGAGUGCAAUGUUUUGGCUUCUUGCUUAGUUUUGUGAGCACCACCUAUGAUUUCAUGGAAGUGAUAAAAGAGCAUGAGAUUCUCUCUCUAUAUGCUGAGAUGAACCAUUUAGUCAAAGAAACACAGUAUUGAACUGUGGCCACUAUGAACGAUGUGGCUUUUGCUACUCUAGUGUUCUUAGCAUCAGAUUGGACAAUGUGAUUGGUUAUUCCACCAGUGUAAGUUUUCUCACAUCGAAAAAAGUAUGCGGCCUGAUUUAGAAGGAAAUGGAUGUUGAUGUGAACCCAUGCUCUUCUGGGUGUUAUAACAAGGUGUUCCAGGCAACUCAUGGUGUCACCAUGUAAUGUUGUAUGUCUUGAGUGACCAGCCUCGAAUGCAUUCCAAUCAAAUACAAUCUUGUUUUCUCUCUCUCCAAAUUGAAUAUUUAGUUAAAGAGUAUUGUCAUGUUUAA